AUGGCUCGUCGUGGAUUGAUGGAACAGGACUUAAGCAAACUGGAUGUGACGAAGCUUCACCCACUGUCACCUGAAGUUAUCUCACGCCAAGCAACAAUCAAUAUUGGUACCAUUGGCCAUGUGGCUCAUGGAAAGUCUACUGUUGUGAAAGCUAUAUCUGGAGUUCAGACUGUUCGGUUCAAGAAUGAGCUGGAACGUAACAUUACUAUAAAGCUGGGUUACGCUAAUGCAAAAAUCUACAAAUGUGAGGAUGACAGAUGUCCGCGACCAAUGUGCUACAAGGCCUAUGGAAGCGGAAAAGAAGAUAGCCCUCUAUGUGAUGUGCCUGGAUUUGAAAACACUAGAAUGAAGCUCCUGAGACAUGUUUCUUUUGUUGAUUGCCCGGGACACGACAUUCUCAUGGCUACAAUGCUUAAUGGAGCAGCUAUCAUGGAUGGAGCUCUUCUUUUGAUCGCAGCAAAUGAAAGUUGUCCACAGCCCCAGACGUCUGAACAUCUUGCUGCUGUUGAAAUCAUGCGUCUUCAACAUAUCAUCAUUCUGCAGAACAAGAUUGAUCUUAUCCAGGAAAGUGCAGCCAUGAAUCAGCAUGAAGCAAUCCAAAAAUUCAUCCAGGGGACAAUAGCUGAAGGUGCACCUGUGGUGCCUAUAUCUGCCCAGCUGAAAUACAACAUUGAUGUUAUCUGUGAAUACAUUGUGAAGAAAAUCCCCAUCCCUGAAAGGAACUUUACCUCGCCUCCCAACAUGAUUGUUAUUCGCUCCUUUGAUGUUAACAAGCCUGGUUCAGAGGUUGAUGAAAUUAGGGGUGGUGUAGCUGGUGGCAGUAUCCUCAGGGGAGUUCUGAGGGUGAACCAGAAGAUUGAAGUUCGCCCUGGCAUUGUCAUGAAAGAUGAGACUGGAAACAUUAAGUGCACCCCAAUCUACUCAAGGAUUGUUUCACUCUAUGCUGAGCAGAAUGAACUCCAAUUUGCUGUCCCAGGAGGGCUUAUUGGUGUGGGAACAACCAUGGACCCAACUCUAACGCGUGCUGAUAGGCUGGUUGGCCAGGUUCUUGGUGAAGUUGGUUCACUACCUGAUGUUUAUGUAGAGCUUGAGAUCAAUUUCUUCCUACUCCGGAGGCUGUUGGGUGUGAGGACGAAAGGUACAGAGAAGGCAGGGAAGGUGUCGAAGCUCACCAAGGGCGAGAUCCUCAUGCUUAACAUAGGAUCCAUGUCCACAGGCGCCCGCGUGCUCGCUGUUAAGAACGAUCUCGCCAAACUACAGCUCACUGCACCUGUCUGCACGAGCCGAGGAGAGAAGGUUGCUCUGAGCCGUCGCGUUGAGAAGCAUUGGCGCCUCAUCGGAUGGGGCCAGAUCCAGGCCGGUACAACACUUGACGUACCACCCUGCCCGCUCUAA